ACAUACUCACAAGAUAUGCAUGAACCAUUAAAAAAUGAUAUAAAUAAUCGUCAUGAACAAGAACUUAAAUAUUAUCAAUGGACACCUUUUAUUUUAUUAUUAAUGGCAAUAUUAUUUUAUAUUCCACAUCAAUUAUGGCGUGGUUUAAGUCUUCGUAGUGGUGUUGAUUUGAAAGAUUUAGUUGAAGCAGCUCAAACAUAUCGUUCUUCAAAUAUACGACAAGAUGAUAAAAUAAAAUUACUUGAUUAUUUAACAAAUUGGUUAAAUGGUUAUUGUUCAAAUGCAUAUCGUUUAACAACACUUCGAGCAAAAAAACAUUACGUAUCACGAAAAGCUCAAUUAAUUCGUAUUGGACAUCAUAUUUUUUUUCCAAUUGGAAUUUAUACAGGAAAUUAUUUAAUUAUAAGUUAUUUAUUUGUUAAAGUUCUUUAUUUAUUCAAUUCAAUUGGACAAAUUUUAUUAUUAAAUACAUUAUUAGGCAGACAAUUUUGGUAUUAUGGUAUUGAAAUUAUACAUAGAUAUUGGACAAAACAGAUCGGAUUACUUCAUUCAGGAAAUGAAUAUUUUCCCAAAGUGGUCCUAUGUGAUUUUACUAUUCGUGAACCAAAUCAUCCGAAAGAAUCUCAUCGUUAUACAGUUCAAUGUGUAUUACCAUUUAAUUUAUUUAAUCAACAAAUAUUUACUUAUCUAUAUUUUUGGCUUCUCAUAUUAUCUUGUUUUAAUACUGCUUCCAUUUUAAUUUGGUUAUAUCGUAUGUCACCAUAUACAAAUUAUCAUUAUCUUGAACGACGUCUUACUGUACAUUUUUUAACUCAUGAACAUACUAAUGAACAAGAAUUGCGACGUAUAUUUGUAUAUCAAUAUUUACAAAGUGAUGGUACAUUUAUGUUACGUUUACUUUCAGCUAAUGUUAGUGAUUAUGUGUGUACAAAAAUUAUUUUAGAACUUUAUAAGAAAUUUCGUAUAGCUUUAUUUGCCGAUAAAAUUGGUCGUGAAUCACUAUUUAUACCAAUAAAAAAAAUUAAUUCUGAAGAUGAAAAAGAUUCGAAUAAUAAUGAUAAUGAAAGUACAGAUCAAACAAUAACCGCUGAUCUACCACCUAUACCAAAUCCUCGUCAAGGAAAAAUAUCUAUUGAACGUGAUACACUUUCACAUUUAUCAUCAGAUAUGACAUUUAGUAAACAACCUGAAUCACAAAGAGGUGUUUGUUUUACGUUACCAACAACUGUUGGCAAUGACGGAUUACGUUUGCGUAGUUCUCCAACACCAUUAUUGAAAGAUAUUCGUCAUACAUCGAAUACACAAAAUGAUUCUUUAGAUCGAUCAACUUCACACCAUAAAAGUGUAGAAUUUCAAAUGAAUUCUGAAACAACAUCUGUAUCAACACCAACACCACUUUCAACACCAUCACAUCCAUUACUUUCAGCACCAUCAAUUCCCAAAGGUCCAUCACCUUAUGCAACAACAUAUUUAUCAACAAACAAACGAAAUGAACAUGAAUUACCUUAUAUUGAUGAUAGUAAUUCAAGUAGUUCAACGUCUGGUCGUUUUGCUAAUAAUACUGUUGCUCGACAAACACAAACAUCAACUACUAUAUUGACAUCAACAAAUCCAUUUUAUCAAAGAAGUCAUGAUGUAUAA